CUGUCAAGUCUGAAGCUAUGUUAUCUGGGUAAUAGUGAAGGUACAAUGUCAAGUCUGAAGCUAUGUUAUCUGGGUAAUAGUGAAUGUACAAUGUCAAGUCUGAAGCUAUGUUAUCUGGGUAAUAGUGAAUGUACAAUGUCAAGUCUGAAGCUAUGUUAUCUGGGUAAUAGUGAAUGUACAAUGUCAAGUCUGAAGCUAUGUUAUCUGGGUAAAAGUGAAUGUACAAUGUCAAGUCUGAAGCUAUGUUAUCUGGUAAUAUCUGAAUCUAUGUUUUAUCUGGGUAAUAGUGAAUGUACAAUGUCAAGUCUGAAGCUAUGUUAUCUGGGUAAUAGUGAAUGUACAAUGUCAAGUUUGAAGCUAUGUUAUCUGGGUAAUAGUGAAUGUACAAUGUCAAGUCUGAAGCUAUGUUAUCUGGGUAAUAGUGAAUGUAAAAUGUCAAGUCUGAAGCUAUGUUAUCUGGGUAAUAGUGAAUGUAAAAUGUCAAGUCUGAAGCUAUGUUAUCUU